ACCAGGCGCCCAGGCCUGCUAGGAGGAGAAGAAACAUACCAGCAGCCGCUGGCUCCAGCGAUGCCCUCGCCAUGUCAUCUGGUAGCCAAGACGGCCCCUCGUUGGCGGACAAUGCUAGCAGUACCCAAAGCGUACCAUCAGUAGCGGACAUGUUUGCUGAAAUGAAAACCAUGAUGUCAACCAUGGUUACCCUUAUAGCAGGACAGCAUAACGUCCGCAAUGACGGCCCAAACGUCGGCGUUGGAGGGGGCAUUAAUGCAGUGGCGCAACCCCACGGGAGUGUUGUUACGAUGCAGCCAGGUCAUGGACUCAGCUCAACUAUCCAUCCGUACAACCCAAUACAGUCGUCACAUUCGGUACAGCCGGCUUCCAAUUUGGGCGACCCCACAGCAGCCAGCCCGUCGAUGAAUCUACAUGUGCAACAACCUGGAAACAUGGAACAUUGUAACGCUACUGCAAUUCACCUUAACGGGCCCCUUCUGGGGCAGGUAACAGGUCAAUGCGGCACGCCAGUUGGCCCCAUGGUUGGACCAAGACCCGUCACUGCUUCCGGAAGAUAUAUCCCCCAGGGGGUUGCUGAUUCCUUGAACGUGUUGGUAGGAGGGGUGCUGAGCGAGUCAGCAAAGCAAAGUUACAAUAGAGCCUGGACAAUAUAUCUAAAUUUUUGUACAUACGUGUUACACUGUGAUUGUUCUUUGCCAUUAUCGGUCUCUGAUUGUACCUUGUUUGUAGCUUAUCUAUAUUCUAAGAAUUAUGCGCCAGCAACUAUAGCGAGCUACCUGUCGGCCGUCUGCUUCACUAUGAAGUGGCAUGGGUAUCCAGACCCUUCUUCAUCCUUUCUAGUCAAGAAACUGCUGGGCGCUGCCCAGAAUUUGAAGGGGAGUUCCGACAUUCGUCUCCCUAUAACAAAACCUAUUCUGGUCAGGUUGCUCGCUGCAGUUCCUCGGGUAUUCCCCCUUAGGUACCAACAACUUUUAGUGCGCGCCAUGUUUUCUACCGCUUUCCAUGCAUGCCUUAGGAUCGGGGAAAUGGUACCUAAAACCUGUAACCCGUUAUAUAGUUCCACUUGUAUUCAGCUGGGCGAUGUCACCGUUGCACGGGGCGAGGCCACCAUUUCCGUCUUGAGGUUCAAGUCCAGCAGGACGCAAGGACCGCAGUUUAUACACCUCGCUUCAGGUUCAGCACCCUGCCCUAUUGCAGCAUUAACAGAUUAUUUGUCACUUAGGGGGGCUACUCCAGGGCCUCUCUUUUUGGCUCCGUCCGGUGCACCCCUCCUCAGGAGGGACUUUGACCGCAUGUUGAAACUUGUAUUGGCUUUCUGCGGCCUGGACUCGAGUAGGUUUAAAGGCCAUUCAUUUAGGAUCGGUGCUAGUAGCGAAGCAGCACGGCAAGGCAAGUCAGACACUCAAAUACGUCUGCUAGGUCGAUGGUCUUCUGACGCCUUUCGUAAAUACAUUCGUAUUAAUUGAUAUACCACAACUUUUGUGUCGGGCCCUCUGUCUCAUGCAGGGGCUCGCGACGCUACCACUUAUGUGUGUGUAUCAGGCAGCCAGCCAAUGCAAUCUGGGUUUUUUCUGUUCAAAGUUGUACUCCUAAUUGGUACAUCCAUCUCUUUAAAUUGCAAUUUUCUCUAUGUAAGUGAUGUUCUUCCUUUCGUAUCCUUUGUCUCCAUCUCACGCGGGACUAGGAGUGAGAGAGGAUACACCACACCUGCACAUAUGUAUGUAACUUAAACUUACACCACUUUUAUCAGGGACCACAGGGUCUCGUAUCCAUUUUAACGUGGUCCCAAACGGGUCCAUGCAAUUUGAUCUAUUUAAAUCCCAAAUCUAUCAAUUCCAUAUUAUAUUUUGCAUACUUAUUUUUAUAGGGGCAGUAUGGUCUUCUAACAAGGGGUAUCUGUCUCAGGCAGUACCACUUGCAGGAGGACCAUUCUGGCCCACCUUACCUAGGCCUGUUCAGGGCCUUGUUGGUAUCUUCCAGUCAGUUACUUAGGUAACUUCCAGUCAACGUUUCAUAUCAAAUUCUUUUACAUGUAUUUUUAUUCCCUUAUAGUCAGUCAACUGAAACCUUGCUCAAGUAAGAAUUCAUGUACACUAGAUACAAUUACGUAUGUAGUAAAUUGGCAAUUUGCCAUCAACACCAUGUAGCUAUACUCAAUCCAAUUUGGUCAAAAUUUUUGUAUUUGGGCUUAUUUGACAGAUUCCUUGUUCACAUCCAAAGUCUUCCUUCCCAACUCCGGGGUGUGGCUUUGCCACUUGUUUGGGGCACCCCUCGCUGGUCAGGUGACGUUACGUCACUCUUUUCUCGCGGCUCAGCAGGUCACACACCACUUAGGUCACGUGACCUUUUCUCCACCUGAAUUGCGUCAUGCAGACUAGAUGGGGUCACGUGACUGUUUAUUUUCUGGUUUCCCUGCUGAAUUAAUUAAAUGUAUGUAUUUUGGGGUUACGCCCCCCCUUUUCUUUCCGGUAUCUGUCAAAUAAAAAUUUGGCCAAAUUGAUAUACUAUAUCUGUGUUGUCUUGGUCAUUCUUAUGAUGUCAUAAAGGCCCAUUAUGCGGACGAACCAGUCCAGGCAUAAUUGAUUUUAUGAUUGAAGCAAGAGUGACUAAUUUCUAUUUAUAACUGUGCUGACUCUGCAUGUUAUCAUCAGGGGCAGCGGUGCAGAUUCUGGGAAUCGGCGGGAUCUUUCAGCCAAUCAGGGGGCCGUCUUUCCCCGGCCUAUUUACCCACGCGGAUGAAUCUCGCGCGAACCCGCCAUUCCAGGAACUUGCUUCAGAUUAGCAAGACAACUUCUGUGAUUUUUCGCUAACCGUCCUCCACCCCCACCACCUCCGGGGCACCCCUCGCUGGUCAGGUGACGUUACGUCACUCUUUUCUCGCGGCUCAGCAGGUCACACACCACUAAGGUCACGUGACCUUUUCUCCACCUGAAUUGCGUCAUGCAGACUAGAUGGGGUCACGUGACUGUUUAUUUUCUGGUUUCCCUGCUGAAUUAAUUAAAUGUAUGUAUUUUGGGGUUACGCCCCCCCCUUUUCUUUCCGGUAUCUGUCAAAUAAAAAUUUGGCCAAAUUGAUAUACUA